AUUGUAUCUUGCUAUUGAUUAACAAUUCCAGUCUUCCAGACAAAACCAGGAACAAAGCCCGCGGGAAAAUGGAGGAAGACGGAGGAGAACCACCUCGACCGCCCAAUCCGACGAGCUCCGAAGCCCUAACCUCGGACCCACGUCUCGGUCCACAGUCCACGUGUCCUGAUUCCACACUCGAUCCCAGUGAGGACAACCGCACCGAUUCGAAACCCCCUCCGAUGAACCAGACCGAGAUUUUCCGAGCUCUCGAAGUGGUCGAGAGAGACUCCCUGGCCAUCGCCGACAGCUUCACCUCCCUCUUCGCCUCCCUCCGCCUGGCCCUCUCCGAGGUUACUAGCAACUCAGUUGAUCACAUGCAUUGCUUUGGUGACGCUGCUGGCCGCCUUCAAGAAUCAGUGCUUGAUGCUGCUACCAAGGGAAAUCGGUAUAUAAAUUCAUGUCUCAGAUUAAAUGAAGAAAUGAAGGGCAUUGACAAUCUAGCCUUGCAGCUAAAAAUCUUGAGGAGAAAUGUUGAUGCUCUCGACUCAGGAAAUUUUGGUUACGGAAUUAAAUGUGUGAACUAGUCGUCCACUUCGGUUCAACUUAAGCAGAUGCGCUAUUUCGUUGGCCGAUAAGCGUUGAACAUGGAGAGCAUAUAUGUGAACUAUUAUGGUGAAAGCAAAUAUUCAUGUUUAUUUUGUUCUACCUCUUGGUUCCCUUUGCUAUAAAAUUGUCAGCAGCGGCAGAUGUUUAGCAAAGCCUAUUUGGGGGUCCGAGUCUCUUACCAUAUGGAUGCUUGUGGCCCAAACCAAUCCACCAUGUUUGGUCGUUUCCUGGCCCUACUUGUUAAUGGGUUUGGAAUGCAGGUCCAUACACUAUGAUUACCAAAAGGGCCCCCUCUAUGGCCAUCAUGUAAGCUUACUUAAGUUGAAAAUCUUGCCAUUUAAUACUGCGGUCUUUUGUGAUUCAGCUUAAA